UGCUCAUCGCAACCCGAAACUCCGGAAAGAUCAGAGAGUACCGCAAUCUGUUUGCUGAUUUGCCGUUCAAACUUGCCGACCUUGACGAUUUCGACAUCAGCCUCGAUGUGCCUGAAACAGGGCUCAUCCUUUGAGGAAAACGCCCAACUUAAAGCUACCACUUACUGCGGCCUCGCCGGCGUCCUGACGCUCGCAGACGACUCGGGGCUGGAGGUGGACGCGCUGGCCGGAGCGCCGGGAGUGUUGUCGGCGCGGUACGGCGGACCGGACCUCGACGACGGAGACAGAUUGUCGUUGCUGCUGUCAAACAUGGCCCACGUCCCCGGAUGGAAAAGGACCGCCCGGUUUCGCGCCGUGCUCGCCCUCGCCGCCCCGCCGGACGCUGACAUACUUGAAACCACGAACGGAACUGUCGAAGGCGCCAUAUGCCACGAGCCGGUCGGCAAAGGCGGAUUCGGGUACGAUCCGGUCUUCUGGCUACCCGAAAAAGCGAUGACAAUGGCCCAAUUGACGGCGGCGGAGAAGAACGCCCUGAGCCACCGCGGCAAGGCGGCAAUUGCGAUGUCGAGAUUCCUGGCGACGCUCGCAUAA